UGCUGCUGCUGCUGCUGCUGCCGACAGCCGAGGUGUGCCCGCGCCAAGAGGAUCUCUCGGUCUUCCGCACGCGCAAACUCGCGGGACUCGGCGUGAGAACCUAACCCGUGGGACUCAUCGGCGGGAGGAGGCUCCCGUAGGCACCGGUCACCGCGACCCCUCGGGGGGGGAGGCUCCGUUGUCCCCUGGAUCUCUCGUCUACCUGUGCUCCGAAAACGGAAACGGGCGAUCCCUCCUCCCUCCCUGGCGGGGGACCCUCCCACCCAGCGAAUGACACAUCUCGGUGGAACGAACCGAAAUCGCAAAUCGAGGAUAGCAAGAAUGUCUGUGCCACCUCCGCCACCGCCUCCGCAGGCCGGUGCUUCCGCUGGCCCGCCAGUGGGCGAUAACAGGGGCCUGUUGCUGCAGUCCAUAAGGGCGGGCAAAACUCUGAAAAAGACUGUUACCGUGGAUAAGAGCACGCCUGCUGUCGCCGGGAGAGUAAAAGGCGACUCGACGAGCUCUUCGUUAAGCAAUAGCGGUAGUAGAACUAAUAGUUGGAGUGCAAUGAGCAGCAGCAGCAGCAGCAGCGGUAGCAACAACAGCAGCAGCAGCGGCAGCAACACCAAUUCUAGCAACGGUGGGCCCAUGUCGCUAGGCGGUUUGUUCGCCGGUGGUAUGCCAAAAUUAAAACCUACGGGGCUGAGAGGCAACAUGACCGAGAAGGAGGGACAAAGUGUACAUAAUUCUAGUUUUCUUCACUCGUCACCCGGAUCGUCGCACAGCAUAAAGCGGGGCCCGCCUCCAGUUCCGCCACCAGCCGCGCAAAAACCGCAGAUAUUCAGUCAGGGGCAAAGUAGCAGCGAUUCGACGACGAGCAAUCCGGAGGUUACGCCCAGAGGAUUGGCGAAAUCACCCAUCGUGCCUAAAGCAGCGUCGUCUGCCACUCUGCAGAAGCCGUCGCCGCCGCCUAAGAAGCUGAAUCUGACGAGUAGCGCGAGCGUGGCAAGGGCGCAGAGCAUGCGACUACCGCGAUCGCCGCCGGUCCUGGUGCCGUCCACCUUGCACCAGUCGCAGGAUUGCCUGAACGAGGCUGCCACGCCGCAGCCUACGAGACCCGCGAAUCGAAUUCUCAGGCCACCCGUGACGAGACCACCGUCACCGCCCGUCUCGCGGACGAUCGUGCCUAUGACGAGACCACCGUCACCGCCGGCCUCGCGGUCGCACACGAUGCCCGUGACCGCCAUGAGGGCGGCGCCGCCGCCGCCGUCAAGGGUCACGGUCACUGCCCCGUGUAUACCGCCACCACCGCCGCCGCUUCCACAUCGGCCCGCACCCACGCAUCAGAGACUGGCACCGCCGCCGCCGCCGCCGCCGACGCCUCCUACCAGGAGUCUGUCGGUGCGCAACGGUGGUGGCCAAACCUCCGUCGACCUCGAGAUACGAUUCGCCGAGAUGUUUCACACCGCGUCGACUUUCCCAUCGCCGGAACCCUUCAGGGGCUUCUCCAAGGUUUAUAGUAGCAGAAACGCAGCAAAGCAACAAGCACCAGCUCCACCUCUUCAACCAUCAUCUACUCCUAACACCCUGCAUUCGUUAAAUACUUCGUCUGGGAGUAAACAGUGGCAACACAACGCGACCUCUUUGGCUUAUUGAAAUCUGUGCAUACUUAAAUCAUUGCCUCGUGCAUUGAUAUUGUUUAAAAACUUGUCGAUGCUGCCACAAUAAAAUAACAUGUUAAACUAAGUGAGUGUGAAAAGGUGUGAAUCGGCCAAGUAUAAAAGUUUGAAAGAGAGCGAGAUUUUCCGAAUUCGCGAACCUAGUUAUACAAUAAAAUGUUUUAGACAAUAUUUUCUGUACAGUUUAUCUUAGGAGAAAGAAUAUAUUUAAUAUAGAUUAUACUUACAUGUGUAUAUACAUACGUACGUACGUACACGCAUGUACGUGUCUAUAUAUAUACAUAUACAUGUAUAUGUAAAAGAAUCGUUAGAAACUCUAGGCCUGUUAUUAUCUAACAAAAACUUUAAAAGAGAUUGAUGUGGAAGGCCCGUUUAUUUUCCUUUUAAAAACAACAUACUCAUUUAAUCUUCUUAAUCAUUGUAUUACAUUUUCUUAUUUACUUCUGUAAAAUCAAUAAAUAUCACGCAAAAAUCAUUACUUCAGGACACUCUACGAUACAUUUUUUUACCAUUGAUAAUUAUACGUUAGACGUUAACAAAGGCCAAAAUAUAUAAAGAUGCAACUUAUUUUUCAAUACUAAUAAACGAUUGCACACACAUGCACGCACACACACACACCCACAUACAUACAUACAUAGCAGCAAUUCGUCGACUUAAGAAUAAUUGUAUUAAUAUUGUAUAAUAAAAAUCUUUAUAUACAA